GCAAAAAGCAAGGAUCGAUACGGGCCUUUGGCUAUCCAAACUCCAAUCGAUUUUUCAUGUGUACGUGUGCCACUGUGUGUAUACGUGCGUGUGCUUUGCUUUCGGCCAGCAACCGAUUAAACAGAGAGCUAAGGUUAAUCCGGCAAAGCGGUCCCUAGCACAUGGGAGCUAUGUCGACGGAUGCGGGGAUGUCAGGAGCCGUGGCUGGAAGGAACUCAACACCGGCGACGUUUCCGAGGCUCGAUCGCAGCGACUACAGCAUGUGGGCGAUGAAGAUGGAGGUGGCUAUGAAAUCUCAAGAGAUCUGGGACGCAGUCGACCCCGGCGGCGACACGUACGCCAAAGGAGCGGCGAACUAUCGCAUUGAUCGCCUGGCGUUGGCGGCCAUCCAUGCGGCUGUGCCGAACGAUGUGCUACAACACCUGAAGGGGAAGAAAUCUGCGAAUGAUGCAUGGGAUACGAUCAAGACCCUGCAUCAAGGACACGAGCAUGUCCGGGAGGUGAACCUUCAAACCUUGCUGAAGACUUAUGAGAGUUUGAAGAUGGGAGAAGACGAGGCGGUCGACGCAUUCACAGCGCGUGUAACGACACUUGUUAACGGGAUCCGCGACCUAGGCGAGACACUCUCCGAGAUCUCCGUGGUCAAGCGGUUCCUACGCGCGGCAUCACCAAAGUAUAUCCAGAUUGUAACCUGAAUCGAGCAGUGUGUGUGAGAUCGAGAUAGGCAAU